UUCUGCGUUUAAAACGUGCCUUGUAUCAGAUCUCAAUAUCAACUGCAUUCCAAGGUCAUCAGCGACGCACCUGAGCUUUCUUCGAAAAUGAAUACGGAUUCUGUGCCCAGCCGUGUCCGAUUCGAGGUUUUCCGAGCAGCGCAUAACGACGAUGCUCAAGAGGAGAGUCCGCUUGAUCCAGAGGAUUUGGAUGAGCUUUUUGAUUCAUUUCGGAUCAGUUCUCCUAAGCAAGACGAUGAAAGUCUCUUGAACGCUAUUGGAGGUUCCGAAAUCGACCUUGACGAAGAUGACUCGUUUACGGACGACAGCAAAGAACGGCGCGUGUUUGACAAUCCAAACCAGAGAUUACUGGACCGUGAUGCGUCGCUUAUUCCUGGUUCUCCGUUUAGUAAGCCCAUGAAUAGAUCAUCCAGCCGACCAUCUGAUGCAAUGUCAAUUGCCAGAGUUACAGCCAACGUUUCGUUUCUUGCAACGCUUGCUGCUGUGGGAUUUCUUGUCUACAUCAGCGUCACAAACUUUGAAUCUUCGGGCCGGAUCACACUUUCGUCUUUCCUUUCGAUCAUUUCCUUCUUUGGUAUGUUUUGGAGCUUUUACGUCAUUGUCUCAGUGUUUUUGCAAUGCUUUAUUCCCGCCAAGGCCUUCAAGACGAACACUAAAUUUUGCAGUAUUAUCCCGGAAACGAAAGCACCCACCGCGUCGUGGGUCGACGUCACCAUUCAAAUUCCGGUAGACCACGAACCUUUGCAAGAAGUCCUGGUGCCGACGUUGAAGAGCUGCGUACUCGCACGGGCACAUUACACCCGAAACACUGAAGCCCAGUGCAACAUCGUUGUUUGCGACGACGGACUAAUGACGCUCUUGCGUGAUAAUUUCGCGGCCGCGGAGCUCCUGUGGGAGAACAUCUGCCGGACCAAGGGGCGGACAAUUCGUCUAAGCAACCUUUUGAAGGGCCUUUCUCGUCCUGUUCGCAAGCAUUUGAAAGGAUUACGCAGCAAGGCAGUUCAUGAGGCGUUCUUAAGACUACUCUUUUACUAUCACUACAAAAUUGGAUUUGUUGCUCGGUCAGCGCUUGGACGCCACGGAAAGUCACGGACCGAGUCUAAUUUAAACUCGCAUUUGCGGCUUGCCCUGGCGAGUAUGCAACGACAAGAAAACGAAGGUGACGAACUUUCCUUUGAGGAUGCUCUUUUGGAGAUCUCGCACCACGAUGAUGGCUCUCGGCACAUAAUGUUUGGUAACAACGUCAGUUUAGGAAAACUGAUAAUCGUUGGUUCACCUGAUAUGCUCAUACCAGAGGCAGUCAUUGUGCAAACGGUGCCAGAGUUUCUCAACGACCCCACGUUAGGUUUUACUCAACAUGCUAUGAAGGCAAAACCUCGGCAAAGACGUGAAACGUAUUUUACACGAUUGAUGGGUACAUACUACGAAUUCCUGUUUGUAGGCCAAUUCUUAUUGUCCGCAAUAGUGGGAUGUCAACCUCCGUUGCUUGGGAGUGCCAUGGUCGUCCGCACCGAAGCGAUAGCCCAGUGUGGAAAAGUUCGAUCUUUGCGAACAGCUCAGAGAUGGCUGCAGAAUAUUGGCGUUGAAUUCCUCCCGGUCGAUCAGAUUGGCUUUGGAAAUCUACAGGCGAAUAGACGUACCGAAUACUGGUCCGAAAAGCAUACCUGGGGAGCCUUCGAGAUGAUGUUCCACAUGUAUAAUUUAGGCUUCAAUGGACGGUACUGUGCUUUCCCUGCGUGUGAGUUUGAAGUUGGAGUACCCAGAACAUUCGACGAGCUUGCCUCGAGUCAUAGAAGUCUUGCAAAGGGAGCCCAUGAGAUUCUCUUCAACUCAUUUCAGGAUAUGAUGGGAGGCCACGGGAUCUUCACUCGCCUCUUCCGAGAAUUUAUGGCUUGCGGUAUGCAGAGCUACUACAAGACAUACUUGUUCGCUUACUUGUGUUCGUACACCAUCGGUGGGACAUAUAUCUUGGCGUUUUAUAUAGACGCCAUCUUUCGAAUAUUGGACGAAAACGACGACGAAAAUGAGGCCGUGGACGAGUUUCACAGCUUCUCCCCGGCGUCAGCCAUUAUUCUACUAUUCGCUUUUGCCAACAUAUUUGGAAAUGUAACUUUGACUUUCGUUAUGUUUCGCCUCCGAAAGAACAAUAUCAAAUUAUUGGGGCAGCAAAAGAAGCAAUUUGGGGGAUACUGUUGCUUCGCUUUGUCAACCAUUCGGUAUUGCGUGCUUCAGAUGCUUAUUCAGCCCAUUUCCUUUAUUAUGUUUUCAUUUUUGGGAGCGACUGAUCACCUUGUGUCUAAGCAAUUCAGUGGGAGUCUACCAUAUCGAUAUCAGAGGAUCCGAUACCGCUGCUCGUCAGUUAUGCAGCUCGUGAGAUGCAAUAUUGGCAGCUGGUACCUGGCUGUUGUCCUAGCUGGUCUGGCGUAUGCCACGGUCCUAAGAAAAACGGAUUGGGAUCCGUUUGUCCUGCCCGACGACCUCGCCACCCACGUACUAUUUGCAGGACCCGCCUUGUACCUAGCUGCUGUUACUCUUUUCGUUCCUAUCAUUCUAAACCCGUACGUCAUCGGAUGUCCAUUCUUCUGUCAGUCCAACGGGAUAACGGGCCCUCGUCAGCCAGCUCACUCGAGACCGGCAGAAGGAAUCGAAGUAAAGGUCGAAGAUCUGGGAAGCUUUCUAGCGGCUUCUAAGGCUCUCGACGCGGAAAUGCGGCACCUUGAUUCCAAGCCCGACAUCGAGCUUGCGAGCCAUGACCUGCAGACAAGGGCGCCAAGGAAUGAAGGGCGAAGAUACGACCAGACACAAUUUAAAGGUGAUGCGAAAGCUCCAGUGCAUUCCACACGAACCGCCCCUCACAGAUUGCAGAAACACGGCAACAGAGGUACGGCAGCAACGGUGCCAAAUCGCCGGUAAAAAGCGAAACGAUAGCGCAUUCUAAAUUUAAUCUCUUUUGCUUGUCUCUC